AUGGGACUGGAGACGAGCUGCUUAGUUCAGCCUGGCCCUGGUGCUCCUCGACCCCAAGGUGGCUACACCUCCACGGGAUGCUUCAUCCCAGGAAACAGCUGCAUGACGCCUGGGAAUGUUUGCAUGCGCCCCCCCGACGUGCGGAACGUCAAACAGGGCGAUGGCCAGGUGAAGGCGCAUGUCUUGCGGCGAGUUCCAUGUGAGGUCUUGGAAUCGCUCUCCAAGAGCGGCGUCAAUGGCGUGAACGCGAACCUCGAAGUGCGUUACGCCUCUGCAGAGGAGGCAUGCAAGGCGGCACGGAAGCUGGCAGCCGGUGGGGAUAUGCAACAGGCGCUCAUCGCGUACUCACAGGCAUUGGAUUGGGAUGAGAACAGCCCAAGCCUUUGUGAUGAGUUCGGGCAGUUCUUGCUGGCACAUGGGCAGCUCUCCGGCGCAGAGUACCUUUUCACCAGGGCGCUUUCCCUUGAGCCUCACAAUGCUCAGUACUGCUACCGUCAGGGGGUGGUGCUUCAGCAGCAAAAGCAGCUGAAGCAAGCGGCGCAGUCCUUCACCGCGGCCUUGCAGCAAAAUCCCCGAUUCUUGGGGGCACUCUUCAACCUGGGCAUCGUCCACAAGGAGCUGGGCGAGACGCGUCGUGCAGCUGAGCAGUUUCAAAAGCUGCUGCAGAUCAAUGCUGAGGAUCCCUGUGCACUGGCCUUGCUCGGGGAGUGCCAAGCUGACUUGGGGGACUUUGAAGGUGCUGUCAGGUCCCUGGAAGAUGCUGUGCGUUUGGACCCGCAGAACCGUUCUGCGCAGAAGGAUUUGUUGCGCUUGCGACAGCAGGUCGGUCGCGUGUGA